AUGAGCAACUACGUUUUCAUGGACGACCCGUUCUCAACCAAACGACAGAGGUGUCAAAUGGCUUGCGUAUUCUGCCGUCAAAGAAAGAUCAAAUGUGACGGUCUCAACCCAAGCUGUGCUAGUUGCAGAAGACACAACAUGGAGUGCAAAUACCAACCAAUUAAAAAGGAUGCAGAAAGCGUACCGAACAGCAACAAGUCUCAGGGUCUAACCUCUACGGUGCUUACUACACCGUCUAAUUCAAUUGCAAAUGCAUCUGCACCCAAAAGACGACGCAUAAAGCCUUCUCGCCAAAGAGAACAACAGAUAGAAGCACAAGGCGCAGUGUAUCACAAUGGAGAUAUAACCGCCGACAUUAGAGGGAGUCAAAAACGCCCAAUCAAUGAAAAUACGGAAUAUCCUAUUACGGCAUCCCAUUGGGAUUAUGUGGAUACUCAGCGGGAUCCCAAAUUCGAAGAAGUCUUGAGUAACGAAUACGACAACGAGCUCUUGGAAAAAUACUGGAUCCAUGUACAUCCACAAGUUCCGAUUCUGAACAAAAAACUCUUCAAAGACCCGUUAAAUCCGCCAACGUUGCUACUACUUGAAGCCAUGUAUGCAAUUUCUGCCCUUUUUUCGGAAAACACCACUAAUGCCGAUUCGCUACACUUCGAACGUGCAGAGGCGCUUCUUGGUCCAUUCUUGGAUGCACCCAGAAUAUCUACCAUCCAAGCUCUUAUUCUCUUAUGUGUUUUCAAGAGACAUCAACAGUAUUCGAAGAAAGAUAAUAUUCCCGAAUAUCCUACAUUUCAGGAGAAAUUAUAUAUAAGCAUGGCUAUUAAAAUGGCCUUCGAAUUAGGUCUCAGCAAAAGCCGUGCUGACUCAAUUCUUAGUGUGGCUGAAAAGGAAUUGCGAAAGCGUAUUUGGUGGUCAUUAUUUUUGUUGGAUGUGUUUAUCAGCUGGGAGAACUGUGAAUCAAAUAUUAACGAAGACGACUUUGACGUAGCUGAAUGCGAAUUGGAAACAGACGAAAUGGAAUUAACUGAAAAUGGCUCACUGGUUAAAUUUGCACAUAAUGUUCGAUUCGCACGGUUGCUUCAUCGGUUGACCAAACAUAUUUAUUCAAAUCAGUCGGGGACGAGUUACGAUGAGUCGAUUGUAGCCAUUAUUGCUAAUUUCGAAAGUCAAUUGAACGAUUGGUCACAAUAUCUUCGAAUUAUUGACGACGAUAUGCAGUUGCUGCACCUUCAUUGCGCAACUCAACUUUGUCACACCCUCCUCCGCAGUCCUCUCCGUACUAUUACAAGUUGCAUUACCUGGUGUCUUCUGCAGACAGGAAAAGUUCAUGCCUGGAACAUUUUCAGUUGUAAAGGUGAUAUAUCGACUGCCGAGCGUUACUACAAGCUCACGAUAGAGCUUCUCAAACAGUUCAAACUCGAUCACGUGAUCCAGGCACUAGAAGACUAUAGAAAAACUUGUCACGAUUCUCAAUUGAUAUUUUCAGAACAGUCAUCUCCUCACAGCCAAAAUCAUUUCGAUGCGACGACGGAAAAUGACGAUAUAAUGGAUAUUACUAUUCCGUCUAACGAUUUUUCGGAUUACCAUUACACAAGUUACCAGUCUUCAUCAAGUGACUCUGGUACCGACACUCAAUCCCAAUUUAUCGGCAAUGAGCCACACGUUAACGGCAUGCAGCCUCUUAACGUCUCGAUGGAAUCACAAUUGUAUGCUACUCCAAAAUUAUCUCCAAAUUCGCCUACAGACUGGUCUUCUCCGAAUACUUUGUGCGAUUAUGUGUCCCCUUUUCCAGUCUUAGGAACACCGCAAGGCGCCAGUACGGCCAAUUUUCUUUAUUGGGAACCAGAUCUUUCACAGAGUCCGAGUGGCGAAAUAUAUGUAAGCAACGAAUUGGAUGGAAGAUUUUCUCCUACGACAUCACCUUUGGCAUCUCCUCCACACGACAAAGAAUAUAACAAUGGAGAAGAAAAUGAGAUAAGAGCAGUCAGGGAGAAUGGAAAUCUGAACGGUGAUUUGAGAUAUGAAUUUGCUGAUACAAAGAGAUUCGAUGAGCAUGACGUGUAUCAUUUUGCUGG